CCUUGGGGCCGAGGCGCGGCGGGGCGUGACACCACCCGGUGACGUCACUCCGAUGACCCCAGCCGAGAGACGUCAGGAGUGUGACGGCAGGGGCGCCGGAGGUGGGGGUGCCUGGGCCGGGGCCGUCCGCGCUUAUGGAGGACGAGGACUGCCCGGACCUGGUCCCCAUCGGCGCCGGCGGCGCGGAGGUGGCCGAUGCCGGCCCCGACAGGAAGAUCCCCGUGACGAUCAUCACGGGGUACUUGGGAGCUGGAAAAACAACUCUUCUAAAUUACAUACUGACGGAACAGCAUAAUAAAAGAAUAGCAGUUAUUCUGAAUGAAUUUGGAGAAGGAAGUGCCUUGGAGAAAUCUCUGGCAAUCAGUCAAGGGGGAGAACUCUAUGAAGAAUGGCUGGAGCUCAGAAAUGGCUGCUUGUGCUGUUCCGUAAAGGACAAUGGUGUGAAAGCAAUUGAGAACCUGAUGCAAAGGAGAGGAAAAUUUGACUAUAUAUUGUUAGAAACAACUGGUCUGGCAGAUCCAGGAGCUGUGGCCUCCAUGUUUUGGGUUGAUUCUGAGCUGGGAAGUGACAUCUAUCUUGAUGGUAUUGUGUCAGUUGUUGAUGCAAAGCAUGGAUUGCAGCACUUGACAGAGGAGAAACCAGAAGGCCUUAUUAAUGAAGCAUCUCGGCAGGUUGCAUUAGCUGAUCUUAUAAUCAUCAAUAAAACAGAUUUGGUUUCAGAAGAAGAAUUGAAUAAAGUCAGAACGUCUGUGAGGUCAAUAAAUGGACUUGUUAAAAUUCUAGAGACACAAAGAUCAAGAGUUGAUCUCUCUAAUGUAUUGGACCUACAUGCUUUUGACAGUUUAUCUGGAGUGAGUUUGCAGAAAAAGCUUGAGCAUGUAAAGACAACACAUGCACAUCUAGAUAAGGCUAUAAUCACAGUAACAUUUGAAGUUCCAGGAAAUAUAAAAGAAGAAAACUUAAAUCUCUUUAUUCAGAGUCUUCUGUGGGAGAAGAAUGUGAAAGAUAAGACUGGAUGCACCAUGGAUGUCAUAAGACUGAAGGGACUGGUAUCUAUUCAAGGCAAAUCUCAUCAAGUGAUAGUCCAAGGUGUCCAUGAGCUCUAUGACCUAGAAGAGACUUCAGUAGCCUGGAAAGAAGAUGAAAAGAGAACAAACAGGCUGGUCCUAAUUGGCAGGAACCUGGAUAAGGACAUCAUCAAAGAAGUAUUCAUAGCCACUGUGAGAGAAGAACAAGGAAACAGUUGACAUAAAACUAUAAAAAAGAUUAAAUGUCUGUUUUAAUACUGCAAGGAUUUUAUGGCAGAGAAGACUGAAUGGCAUGGACUAUAGUAGUUUCUAUAUCCUCUUGCAAUUUAUGCAACAGUUGAAUCCUGAAGUCUUCCUAAGAAUUCCAGCUGACCUACUGCUUUAAGAUUAGUUCUUAUAGUCCAGAAUCAAACACAAUUCUCCUAUUUUAGAUUUGGCUGAAGCUGUGUCAGCAACAUCAUGGAACUGUGCAGAAAUUGAGACAGGCAAAAGGCUGUUAUGUUCUACGUGAAACGUUACUAUGGGGAUAUGGGGAACGUGUUUGAAGCCUAGUGCUUUCUCUUGCUAACUCUCUUCCACUGGGAAUGAAGCAAUAGUGAUUAUUGCCAGUGGUAUAAUCACAGUACAAAAUGUUUAGUGUUUACUAUUAAACUGUCUUCCAUCUCUUUCCACUUGAUUUGUGAUUUUUGAGUGUAUUGUUCUACCUGUAGACCUGUUGUGUAAUGAAAAUAAAAAUACACAGGUAGCAGAGGCACAAGAUCACAUGGAGUAAAUGCUGUCUACACAAAAGCUGUGCAUGCAGUGUUUGGUCACAUAGUCAGCAGUUUAAAAGAGGUAGCUGAACUCUUCAAUCUUAUAGUCCAUCACCCUUCCAGUUCAGGAUCUGGGGAACUGGGGACUGCACCUUUCCACUAUGUUCAGGCUGCUCUGCAUGAUUUCUAAUGCGGUUCUGUGACACUACUUUGAAAACACAGUCUGAAGCUUUUAUCUCUCUGCUCAUUACAAUUUAGAUUUGACCUUCUUGCCCUCUACUUUCUCCAGUACUCUUUGUUCACCUCUUAGCUUUAGAGGGAUAUUUUGACUGCAGCUGUGUGAAAGCAAAAUGAGUCAAUGCAGGAAGAUAAUGUAGAAUUAAAAAUGUUUGCAAACAAAAUUCUAGGACCUGCAGUAUUGAAGGAUGGACUUUUAGCUAUAGUGCUUGCUGUGGAUGCUUGGUGAUGUGUCUGAGUAAGCAGAAACUUGUCUCACACCUAACAUUAAAAAGAAAAGAAAGAAGGCCAUUCCCUCAGUCUCUUCUUCAGGCAGUAUCAGCAGUCUUUGCUUCUACUGCAGUAUAUGAGUUUGGAAUUUGUUUUCAAAAGGGCUGAGGAUGAAGACAUUAAUCUUUCACUGCCUGGAGCUGGUGUCUCAGUUGAUUAAAAUAAAUAAUAUAUCUUAGCUAAGAUAGAACUCUUUACUCUCCCAGUAGAUACAUUGGCAGGCAUGACUUCAUUCCUCACAUUAGAAGUAGCUUUAGAUAGCUUGAAGUAGUUUUCAGGACUUCUUUUUUUCUCUGAAGCAAGGUAUAAAGAGAGAACAAUCUGCUUACACAAUGUUGCUUUCUGUUUAGCAGACCUUGGUCGCACCUGAAUGAACUGGUAUAGCUGAGUGACACUGUUUCCCUUAGCAGUUAGAACUCUUCAUUUUUAAAACUAGUAUAUGUUCUCACACUGUUUUGGACUGCAUAAAUGACACACUUUCCUGCAUGAAAAUUUGUCAAAUGAUUGCCAUCACUGUUAUACAUUGAAUAUUAAGAUCACAUAAAUUUAAAUUUGUGGAUAAUACAUUUAUAAUUUUUAGUGCUUUUGCUUCCAUUUGUCACAGGAAAAGUGAUCAAAAUGCCUCUUAUAAAAGCCUCAUGUAAUGGAGGAACUCUGUUCCCUUUAAAGCAAAUAAUCUCUGAAGUGUUGUUAACUUUCAGUUUGAAAAAAAGUUCAGAGACCUAAUAAAAAGAGCUUCAACCAUGAA